AUGAAUGGCGAGGAGCAUUACUACGCGGCCACGCAGCUGUACAAGGACCCCUGCGCGUUCCAGCGGGGCCCGGCGCCAGAGUUCAGCGCCAGCCCCCCUGCGUGCCUGUACAUGGGCCGCCAGCCCCCGCCGCUGCCGCCGCCGCCGCCUCCAUUCCCCGGCGCCCUGGGCGCGCUGGAGCAGGGCAGCCCCCCGGACAUCUCCCCGUACGAGGUGCCCCCGCUCGCCGACGACCCCGCGGUGGCGCACCUCCACCACCACCUCCCGGCUCAGCUCGCGCUCCCCCGCCCGCCGGCCGGGCCCUUCCCGGAUGGAGCUGAGCCGGGCGCCCUGGAGGAGCCCUGCCGCGUCCAGCUGCCUUUCCCGUGGAUGAAGUCUACCAAGGCUCACGCGUGGAAAGGCCAGUGGGCAGGCGGUGCCUACGCAGCGGAACCGGAGGAGAACAAGCGGACGCGCACCGCUUACACUCGCGCGCAGCUGCUGGAGCUGGAGAAGGAGUUCCUGUUCAACAAAUACAUCUCCAGGCCGCGCCGGGUGGAGCUGGCCGUCAUGCUGAACUUGACCGAGAGACACAUCAAGAUCUGGUUCCAAAACCGCCGGAUGAAGUGGAAAAAGGAGGAGGACAAGAAGCGCAGCGGCGGCACCGUGGCCGCGGGCGGCAGGGACGCGGAGCCCGAGCAGGACUGCGCGGUGACCUCGGGCGAGGAGCUGCUGGCGCUGCCACCCCCGCCGCCCCCCGGGGGUGCUGUGCCGCCCGCGGUCCCCGCCGCCGCCCGAGAGGGCCGCCUGCCGCCUGGCCUUAGCGCGUCGCCUCAGCCUUCCAGUGUGGCGCCUCUGCGACCGCAAGAAUCUCGGUGA